UGGGAAAUGCUUCUACUCUAGGCCUUUUCGUUGGCGCGGGCGGGCCAGCCUGCCGCGGGGAGGGUGAGAGCUCUCCCGGCCGCUCACGGAUUUUCACAAAGCAUAUUUGAUACAAAACUGUCUGAGUGGUGUCAGACCUGCAGGACCCUGGAGGCACUUUGCUAAAUUAAGACUCUGCUGCAGAUGGAGGAACUGGAGCAAGGCCUGCUGAUGCAGCCAUGGGCAUGGCUACAGCUUGCUGAGAACUCCCUCCUAGUCAAGGCGUAUAUCACCAGGCAGGGCUAUGCCUUGCUGGUUUCAGACCUUCAACAGGUGUGGCAUGAACAGGUGGACACUAGUGUAAUCAGCCAGCGAGCCAAGGAGCUGAACAAGCGCCUGACUGCUCCUCCUGAGGCUUUUCUUUGUCAUUUGGAUGAUCUGCUUCGCCCUUUGUUGAAGGAUGCUUCUUGCCCUGGCACGGCUACGUUCUCCUGUGAUCAUGUGGCAGAGGCGCUGAUAUUACGGGUGCGGAGUGAGCUUUCUGGCCUCCCAUUCUAUUGGAAUUUCCACUGCAUCCUAGCUAGUCCUUCGCUGGUCUCCCAACAUUUGACUCGUCCUCUGAUGGGCAUGAGUCUGGCAUUGCAGUGCCAGGUGAGGGACCUAACAACGUUGCUUCAUAUGAAAGAUCUAGAGAUCCAGGACUACCAGGAGAGUGGGGCCACACUCAGCCGAGAUCGGUUGAAGACUGAGCCAUUUGAAGAGAAUUCCUUCUUGGAACGAUUUAUGGUGGAGAAACUACCAGAGGCAUGCAGUGUUGGUGAUGGAAGACCCUUCGUCACAAAUCUGCAGAGUAUGUAUAUGGCAGUCACCAGACAAGCGAUCCAAGUGGGACAGAAGCAUCAUGACGCUGGAGAUCCCCAGACCUCAAGCAGUGCUUUCUCAUGGGGAGCUGAUAACCAACUUUUGAACCAGCUAGAAGAGCCAGUCUCUUCAACACCAUCCCUCCCAGGACCUGAGACAGAGCCCACAGUUUCUUCAGGCCCUAUGCAGAGACCUCAGUUGUUGAAAGUCAAGAGGAAGAAGCUAAGGGGGCUUUUCAGUUAACUUGUCACCAUCUCAACUGCUGAGGAUGGACUCGGAGAGUAGUUUCCUAGUGUCACCUUGGAAGGAGCUCCCAUGGCAGCAACAUUGCUGACACAGAGUUAGACAGUCAGAGACUCCACCGUAAGGGCCAGAUAACUGAAGCUUAUGUUGACAGGCAUGGCUCCUGUUAACAAGGGAAUCCUGGCUCCAAUCCAUUGGGCACUGGCCUUCCUUGUCCGAGUGGAAGACAGUUUCUGGGAAUCCCACACCCUCCUUUUCUUUUAGUGAAGGUUCUCUAGACUCAGGAUCUACCAUGAACUUUAGGUAUAUGGGGCAGGUCAGCAAAAAGGCACAAUAUACUAAGGGGAGUCUUGCCUGUCUUUCUGAAGAGUCCUUAGCUACUCCCAGAUGAUCCUCAGAGACACUCUCCUCUCUAGCACAGAAUAAAAAGUGCUCACACUCCUGCUUUUGA